AUGCAAGUUAAAAACGUUAUUGCUGCCAGUAUUGCUGCCUCAGUUGCUUCCGCUACCUACACACCAGGUGACAACUGGUCCACUUUAACCCCAAGUGCUACUUAUUCCUGUGGUGUUACUGACUUUUCUUCUUUUGGUAUUGCCAUUAAGACAAUCUCUGCUGCCGCCACUUCUGCCACCACCAAAGCUAAAAGAGAUGUUAUUUCUCAAAUUGGUGAUGGUCAAAUUCAAGCUCCAACUGCCCCAACUUCUGUUGCAGUUGUUACUGAAACUAUUGCUAACACUGUAGUCUACACUACUACCGUUAGCUCUAAAGUUUAUACCACCACUGUUAUUAACCCAGUCUCUCAAAUUUCUGACGGCCAAGUCGAAGCUACUACCAGCACUACUACCCCAGCCUCUAGUACUACCACUUUGUCCUCUUCAAGUGCUUCCGCUUGUCCAACAACUUCUCUUUCUUUACAAGAUUCUUCCUGUAAGAACUCUGGCACUUUGUCUGUCACUUUGGACGAAGGUGUUUUGACUGAUGCUAAGGGUAGAAUUGGUUCUAUCGUUUCUAACAGACAAUUCCAAUUUGAUGGUCCACCACCACAAGCUGGUGCCAUUUAUGCCAAUGGUUGGUCCAUCACUCCUGAAGGUAACUUGGCUAUUGGUGACAAUGAUAUCUUUUAUGAAUGUUUGUCUGGUAACUUUUACAACUUGUACGAUGAAAAUAUUGCUGAACAAUGUAUUGCUAUUCAUUUGGAAGCCGUUGAAUUGGUUAGCUGUUAG